AUGGUUACAAACAGAAAACUGUCCCUCACCGUACACAGCAGGCAGGGUCCGGGUAAAGGGAGUGAAAGCCGCUCCCCAGAGCGGGUUACGUACCUAACAUUUGUGAUCAAAAGCCUGACUCUUCUUCAACUGGUAUCACCAGGAAGUUGUCAGAAUGGGCCUUUGUUUGUCAGAGGAAGUGGCCCUGGUUCUUUGUAUUUCCCGAAUUCCAUUCCUUAUCCUAUCGUCUUUCACAAUGCCAUCACCACACAAUCCACAACCAACACUCGUUCUGUGAGCAGUGUGGUGGACGAGGCGGUAGGUCUGGUAGACGACGAGGACGCCACCAUGCGGAGGCGGCUACAACAGGGCAUAGACCGUUACCCCCAAGAUUUUGUCAACCCCGACCCCCUGCUGUUCUCAGAGAGUCCAGAUGACCCUCGCAGCUUCUCCCGUCAGAGUCGGAUAAUCAACUGGAUAGCCAGACUGCUCAGAAAGUACGGACUGGAAGUAAGCUUGGCCACAGCCUUACUAAACCCCGCAGCUCGUCGACAUUCCCUCUCGUGUCCCUACAAACCACCCAUUAACUGUGAGAGGUUCACUCGCUAUCGGACAGUAGAUGGAAGCUGUAAUAAUCUGAACAGCCCGCUGUGGGGAGCGGCUUUCACGCCCUUCGUCAGGCUGCUACCGCCCAGAUAUGAACGCCGAGGUGACCGAGACGAUGUGAUGUCUGGACCCUCCUCAACACUGAGUUCUCAUCUACCCACCGCCCGUGUGGUCAGCACGACCUACCACGAGCCGGCCCGUGGGGGAGACGACGCCCCGUUUACAAUGCUUCUGACGGUGUUCGGACAGUUCCUCUCCCACGACCUAACGGACAGAGCGCCAACCAAAGGUUUGCGCGAGCAGCUGAAUCAGGCUUCCUCUUUCAUAGACGGGGGAGCGAUUUACGGAGCGACGAAGAACAAAUCCGACAGUCUAAGACAGUUCAAGGGAGCAUGUGGAAAGACUGUUGAAGAUUCUGUGGUGGAAUACGACGUCGACGCACCCGUCUAUCGAUCUGAUCCCAGAUGGGAUCAGAUCGAUAGACGGGUGCGUCGAUUGGGUUUAGAUCGCUCCCCACACCAUAACAUUCCCUCCACCGAAUCUGUCCACCUGUCUGAUGCAGUGAGGAGCAAAACGUUCAUGACGUCGUCUGUAGACACGGCCUCUACCAUCACGUCGUCUGAGGCGGUACGAUGGAGGUCACGUCUGCUGAUGAUGUCCGUCCCCAGGGAAUUACCCAUCAUGCCUCACGGAAAUGUUCAUGCGACGACUCGGGGAUUUGCGUAUUACGCCGCAGGUGAUAAUCGUGUGAACGAAUUCAUCGGACUGAUCGCCAUAGAGACGAUGUGGGUGAGAGAACAUAACCGAAUCGCCACGAAACUGGCGACGAUAAAUCCACACUGGAACGACGAGACGGUUUUCCAGGAGACGAGGAGGAUCGUCGUGGCUAUGAUUCAACACAUUACCUAUUCAGAGUAUCUGCCAGCUGUCCUGGGGCCUGAACUCAUGGGUAAAUACGAGCUCGGCGUGUUACCCAAUGGCCGCUACCGCGAAUAUGACCCAAGGGUAAACCCCGGCCUGGCCAACGCUUUUGCUACGGCGGCCAUGAGGUUCGGACACAGCAUGCUACGAACCACAUUUAGCAUGAUUGAUCGGCAGAGAAAAAGAAAUGGUGACACACCUGUGGACUUGAAAGAUUCUUUCUUCCGGCCGCAGACCUAUUUAACCAAUGAAAACCCGUUCGUACGUGGGAUGGCCCUAGAUAGCAGCAAAAUGUGUGACCGCGUCGUGUCAGGCAGUGUAAUUAACAACCUGUACGAAACUGAACCUGGUAACGGUGCUGAUCUGGCGGCUAGUAACAUUCAGAGAGGGCGAGAUCACGGGUUACCAGAGUACGCGCAAUGGAGGAGGCACUUUGGCCUGAGCGUUCCAACUAGGUUUGACAAGUCCUUGGCUGGUUUCUCUGAUAUCAACGCCGCUGAUGUAGAAAUACUUAGCACACUUUACAGGUCCCCGUCCGAUGUGGAUCUGUUCACGGGUGGAGUGUCGGAGGACCCUGUACAGCAGGGGGCCGUCGGUCCACUAUUUGGAGACAUAAUCGGACAACAGUUCAAGACACUGAAGAUGGGGGACCGUUUCUGGUACGAGACUAACUUACAGCCUCAAGCCUUCACUGAGGGUAAGCGUCUCCACAGGCGAAAGUGA